AUGGGGAAGUCUUCAACAAAGUCGGCGGCAAAGAUCGAUCCGACGCUUGCGUCGCUUUUCGAGACGAGUGUAAGUCCACUGCUUGCUGCUGCCGGUGCUGGUGCUGGUUUUGGUCGUGCGAGAUGGUUGCUAAGUUCCGCGGCGCAGUUAGGAAGUGUUAAAGCUCCCGAGCCGAAACCGCAGGUGAAGGUUUCGAGAAAGAAGAAGGACGAGGAGGAGGACGAGGACGAGGAGGGGUCGGGCAGCGGCGAGGACGACAGCGACGAUGGGGAGGGCGAUGAUGAGGAAUUGAGCGAGAUCGAUGAAGAUAUCGAGUCGGAUGACGACGACAAGGAGGAUUCGGAGGAGGUGGCGGAGCCGAGUGCGGAGAAAUCAGACGUCGUCACCGACAGAAGCCGGAAGCGGAAGCGCAAGGCUGCCGAGGAAGACAUCGAGGACUCGUACAUGCGGAAGCUCCAGGACGACGAGCCCAAGCCUAAGACAAAGAAGGCGAAAGGUAAAAAAACAGAGGACAAGGAAGCCGGUGCGGAGUCGGCAUCCGACGACGACGAGGAGGAGCCGGCGAAACCCGUCGGAUUCGAGAUCAAGCACGAAUCCCUCAUCAAUCCUGCCGAUGUCGAAAUCGACAAGUCCAACCGCACGGUUUUCCUCGGCAACGUCCCGUCGAACGCCAUCUCGUCGAAAACAGACUACAAGACGCUCAAGGCGUUCUUCGCCACCGCCGGCAAGAUUUCCUCGGUGCGCUUCCGCUCUGUCGCCUUCAGCGAGCAGAUCCCCCGCAAGGCUGCGUUCGUCAACCACAAGCUCCACGAGAAGCAGAAGACCGUCAAUGCGUACAUCGUGUACAAGGAUGCCGCCGGUGCGCGCAAGGCGCUGACGCUCAACGGCUCCGUCGUCCUCGACCGCCACAUCCGUGUCGACUCCGUCGCGCAUCCGGCAAAGCAGGACCACAAGCGCUGCGUUUUCGUUGGAAACCUCGACUUCGAGGCGCAGGAGGAGAACCUCUGGAGACAUUUCGGCCCCUGUGGAAAGGUCGAAUAUGCCAGAGUUGUCCGAGACUCGAAGACGAACGUUGGAAAGGGGUUUGCAUACAUCCAGUUCGAGGACGCCAUGUCGGUUGACCAGGCCCUGUUGCUAGACGGGAAGAAGAUGGAGGGAGACCGCAAGCUGCGAGUAACGCCGGCCAAGGCUCAGAAGCGCAACGCCAAAGAGAAGCACAACGACCGAGACCGUCAGCGCCGACCCCCUCCCAAGGCGGGCAGCGCCAAGGGCUACGUCCCUCGUACGGACCCGAAGCAAGCAGCUACCAUUGGCCGGGCCACCAAGUUGCUUGGAAAGGCGGGUGCAGUGCAGCUGAGGAAACAUGUGGAUGUCUUUGAGGGAAUGCGGGCAACUGCUACUUCGGACUCUGGUAUCAAGAAGGGCGGUACGGGUAAGAAGAAGGGUGGCAAGGCUAGGGCCAGAACCACCGUGCGAUCGACCGCGUGGAAGAAGAAGUCUGAGUAA